AAUAUGCUGGUCGGUAGGUCGACAUAAAAGUUAAGAAAUGCUGUUAUAUUUAUGUGAUAUAAGUAUUAGUGAAUGUAAUUAUAAGACACAAUCCCUACACGGCUACACUUGCUCAAAUCAACUUCUUCGGUUUGAGAAUUACGGGCCGAGUUAGUUAUGUCGAUAAUGCUCGUAGCACUUGUAUUGCUUUUCGUGUUUUCAGCUUUAUUGCUCCGAAUAUGGGGUUCUCCGAAGGCAAUGGAAAGAAUUCCGGGCAGUUUAGGUUGGCCUAUUGUGGGAGAAAGUUUCUCAUUCAUCUCCGAGUUCUCAAGUCCUGCAGGCAUAUUUAGUUUCAUGUACAAGAGACAACAAAAGUAUGGAAAGGUGUUUAAGAGCUAUGUAUUGGGAAGAUAUACAAUCUUCAUGACAGGGAGAGAAGCUAGCAAGAUAUUGUUAACAGGUAAAGACGGGCUAGUGAGCUUGAAUCUCUUUUACACAGGAAAGCAGGUCCUUGGGCCAACAAGCUUGCUUCAACAGACGGGAGAAGCGCACAAGAGACUUCGCCGACUGAUUGCAGACCCCCUUUCGGUUGAUGGCCUAAAAAAGUAUUUCCCGUUUAUCAACAAUUUGGCAGUAGAGAUGUUGGAUCAAUGGAGUGGAAGAAAAGUAUUAGUUCUUGAAGAGGCUUCCACAUUCACACUAAAGGUGAUAGGCAACAUGAUAAUGAGUUUAGAGCCAGCUGGUGAGGAGCAGGAGAAGUUCCGAGCUAAUUUCAAAAUUAUUUCUUCCUGUUUUGCCUCAUUGCCAUUUAAAAUCCCGGGAACUGCCUUCUAUCGUGGUAUCAAGGCUCGUGAUCGAAUGUAUGCCAUGUUUGACUCGACUAUUGCCCAUCGAAGAAAGGGUGAAACCUUCAAACAAGAUUUCCUUGAAUCUCUUCUAAAGAAGCAUAGUAAAGAAGUCUCAGAAGGAGAAGAUGAUGAUAAACUCACAGAUGCACAACUGAAGGACAAUAUAUUGUCCCUACUGGUUGCUGGUCAUGAUACCACUACAGCUGCUUUGACGUGGCUUAUUAAAUUUCUUGAAGAAAACCCUGUUGCAUUAGAACAUCUAAGAGAAGAACAUCUUACUAUUCAACGUAACAGAGAGAACGGAUCAAGUCUUACCUGGUCAGAAGUUAACAAUAUGCCGUACACCAACAAAGUGAUUAAUGAAACUCUUCGAAGAGCCACAAUCCUACCUUGGUUUUCAAGAAAAGCAGCGCAGGACUUCGAUAUUGAUGGGUAUAAAAUUCAAAAAGAUUGGUCUGUGAACUUGGAUGUUGUGUCUAUCCAUCACGACCCCGAGUUUUUUCCUAAUCCACAUAAGUUUGAUCCAUCCAGAUUUUCUGAUCCUAUUAAACCUUAUAGCUUCCUCGGGUUUGGUAGUGGACCCCGUAUGUGUCCUGGAAUCAACUUGGCCAAGCUGGAAAUUUCUGUUUUCAUCCAUCACUUGAUGUGCAGAUACAAGUGGAAGCCAUUAGAGAAAGAUGAUUCUGUCCAGCCAACAUUAGUCAGGAUGCCCAAGAACAAGUACCCUAUCAUAGUCGAACGUGUUUAGAGCAAUCCUGCCUACAAGGACGAAAGCAAUGUACACGAGGAAAAAGCAUAUGAAGAAGCAAUUCAUAAUCCUGUGAUUUAUUUGAUCCAUUACAUGAUAAUAAUGUACAACUCCUGAAUAAAGAACCGUUUUCGCGUGAAAUUUCCAUGAGUACCAAAGCUCAUUUUUGUUUAGAAUCUUUGAGUACAAUCAGGCAAAUAAUCCUCUUAGGCAGGAUUAUUCAGUAAUUACU